AUGCCUCAGAUCCGACCGACCGGCGCUGCCCUGCGCGCGGUCACCACCCGCCGCUCCGCCGGUGCCGCCGCCCUCCAGCGCAGCCCUUUCUCCAGCACCUCGCACAAGGCCGCCUCCCACGGCUCCCAGUACGACCCCCCGACCGGCUGGCUGUUUGGCGUCAAGCCCGGCGAGAAGUACAAGAACGAGGGAUGGGAGAAGCCCUUCUUCUGGGGCUUCUGCGGCAGCCUGAUCGUCUUUGCCCUGGCGUGGCCCUUCAAGCCCGAUACUUCCAUACAAACCUGGGCUCUCGAGGAGGCGAGGAGGAGAUUAGAAGCCGAGGGUAUCCUGGAGGACCCGCAGAAGAAGCAAUAA